GUUAUUUUCCUUACGAUGGAAAGGCUGGUUGUCUCUCUCCUGGUUAUUAGCACCGCCGUGAAGGCCAUGAUGUGUCCCAAGAGGUGCAUGUGCCAGAACCUGUCCCCAUCCUUCACGAUUCUCUGCACGAAGACGGGGCUCCUCUUCGUGCCCCCCAGCAUCGACAGGAGAACGGCAGAACUGAGGCUGAUGGACAACUUUAUCACGACGCUUAGGAGGAAGGAUUUUGCCAACAUGACCAACCUGAUUCACUUGACGCUGUCGAGGAAUACAAUCAGUCAAAUCAUGCCUUACGCUUUUUUUGAUCUUAAAGGCCUCCACGCCUUGCACCUGGACAGCAACAGGCUGACUUACAUCAACGAGGAUCACUUCAAGGGUCUGAUUAACCUCCGGCAUUUAAUCCUCAGUAACAACCAGUUGAACUACAUCUCUCCCGGGUCGUUGGAUGAUUUUAUUGAAACAAUCGAAGACCUGGAUCUGUCCUACAACAACCUCGUUAACGUCCCUUGGGAAACGAUUGCCAAACUUUCUAAUGUCAAUACGGUCAGCCUGGACCAUAAUCUCAUUGAGUUUGUGCCAGAAGGCAUCUUCUCAAACCUCCACAAACUUGCCCGCCUGGACAUGACCUCCAACAAGCUGAAAAAGAUCCCUCCCGACCCUCUGUUUUCCAGAAUCCCGGUGUACGCCAAGUCCAAGGGGUCUCCGCUGUCCUCCCUGGUGCUCAGCUUCGGGGGGAACCCUCUGCACUGCAACUGCGAGCUCGUGUGGCUCAGGCGUCUCACCAGGGAGGACGACCUGGAGACCUGCGCCUCCCCGCCCGAGCUGAUGGGAAAAUACUUCUGGUCCAUCAAAGAGGAGGAAUUUGUCUGCGAGCCGCCGAUGAUAACGCACCGCACCCCGAAGCUGGCGGUGACAGAAGGCCAGAGCGUCUCUCUGAAGUGCAAAGCUGUGGGCGACCCCGAUCCCUACGUCCGCUGGAUCUCGCCCGACGGGAAGUUGGUCUCCAACACCUCCAGGACGGUUUCGUACGAGAACGGGACGCUGGAUAUUUCAGUCGCUUCCCUGGGCGACAAGGGCACGUUCACCUGCAUCGCGUCGAACGCCGCGGGAGAGUCGACGGCGCCGGUCGAGCUCCUGGUGAGCCCGUACCCCAGCCUGGCCAACAGCACCAACUGCGACAAGGAUGCGGAGCCCGGCCCCUCGGACAUUCUCAUCUCGGCCAAGUCGAGCUUCCCCAACGAGACCAAGGCUCAGCAGGAGAAGGCGGUGGUGGUGGCUGAGCUGACGUCGUCCUCCGCCCUCAUCCAGUGGCCUUCCCAGCACCACCUGCCCGGGAUGCGCAUGUACCAGAUCCAGUACAACAGCUCCGCCGACGACAUCCUGGUGUACAGGAUGAUCCCAGCUGGUAGUAAAUCCUUCUUCUUGACUGAUCUGGUUGCAGGACGUGAGUACGACCUGUGUGUCCUCGCUGUCUACGACGACGGGCUCACCUCCCUGACGGCCACCAGGGUGCUGGGCUGCGUGGAGUUCACCACCCAGGAGGAGUACAAACAGUGCCGCUCCCUCCACGCCCAGUUCCUCGGCGGCACCAUGAUCAUCAUCAUUGGGGGGAUCAUUGUGGCUUCCGUCCUCGUUUUCAUCUUCAUCCUCCUCAUGAAGUACAAAGUCUACAACAACCACCACAAAAACAAGGCGACGAAAGUGAACAACGUCUGCUCGCAAACCAACGGCAGCCAGAGCGGCUCCAUGGCUCGUUCCACCUCUAAACUGGCGGAGAGGAGGGAAAGUUUGCACCAGGAGUGCUCGGGCUCUUCCAGCAAAGGGAAAACUGUCGUAGAUUUGGAUUGUGACAAAGUGACUCCAACCAACACAACCUUUUUAACCACGGACACGUUGUCUUAGUGGCCGUGCGACGGGACGGGACGCACCGGGGCGGUCGUCGCUCGAAACGUUCAAAACGCGAGUGGUUGUAUUUUAAGCUUCACUACUAUUGUCUAUUUUUAAGAUCAGAUGGUUUAAAAAAAAAAAAAUAUUUUUUUAAUCUGUAUACAGUUCCUGCAUUCUUAACUAUUUUGUUUCAAUAUAUUAAAUAUAAGUGUGUGAUUUA